AUGGUUGCCGAAGUGUUUCCGGCCAACUUUUGGAGUUCUUUCAAUGAAGAGCUCAAUUGUACGUUGACAUUUACACUGUGGAAACUGCGGGAGCGCAUGAUGACUUUCUUGGAGAGCAAUUUGAAGUUUGACACUCGAAAAAUAUUAUGAGUAAUGUCAUAAAAUCUAGGGAAGCGCUGGGAAUGUUGGCUGGUCAGGAAGAGGUCACGAAUGUGGACAAUUUUUUGGCCUUUUUCGCGCGGCAAUUGAUUGCCGAUGGGAAUUCGACCAUUUACAUUCCUUCCUAUUGGGUAUCUUGCUUUUCUUGUCCUCUUUUCAAGCUGGAAAUUUUUAAAAUCGCAGCAUUUUUGCUGAAAAAACGCUAAAGAGGCCCCUUUUCAAAAAAUUUUAAAUGGACCUUCAAAAACCCUAGCAUAUUUUGAAUGAAAAAUUUAUUUUUUCAGCUCUCAGCUCCACUAAGAGACGUUGAGCUGUCGGAAAGCGUUGACGAACUUUUCAUUGUCCCCAACAAAGCGCCCGAAUUCAGCUUUCUCCAUAAGUUCGACAGAAAUUUCGCCGAUCGACUCAUCCAAUACCUAUACUUGUUCUCCUGUCGCCUUGUUCUACAGCUCUUAAGGUGGACUUUUAAAAAAUAUCACUGUUUUCAUAAUUUUCACCUUUUCAGACUUGUUCUAUCGUUUGAAAAAGUUAGCGAGGAAGAGUCGUCGAAAAGGAGCAUUUUAAAGAUGUACAAAGCCGUUUACAGCUGUCCAGUCGAGCUGUUGGCCAGUGGAGUGAGUGGAAAAUCAAAAAUCUGAGAGCUCUAAAAAAUUUCAGGUCGUUAUUAACGUCAAUAAUAACACUUGCAGCCCGAAUAAAGCGCCUAUCGUCAAAAAGGUUUGCUCGAAAAUUUGAAAGCGCAUGAGAAAAUUUGUUAAAAAAUUUCCGCAUUUUUUUGAUUUUAAAGUUUUUCAGAAGCUAAGGAAAAAAUUCUCACCUCAUAAAAAAGAAGCAAAAUUCAACUUUAAAUUUUUCAGGCGCCUGUCAGUCUCAAAAAUGAAGCUGCUGACAUUGUUGAGAGCGAGGUUUCCAUUUUUCAAAAGGUUUUUUAAAAUCUCUUCUAAGACUUGUUUAAAAUUACUUUCAGCGCAAAACCCAACAGUCAUGGACAAUGAACUUGACUCGUCGCAAUGAGUCCGAAGAUCUUCAUUUUCUGCCUUCUGAUCAGCAUUCCUAUGGUCUUUUGGCUCGCGACAACGAAAUUGAGAAUAUUUGGCACCUUGUAAGUUUUAAUAACAUAUUAAAUAGAUCUUGGUGUGAAAUUUUUCAGAUCAAAGACUUCCAAGAGCCGAAAGACAUGAUUUAUGCGGUUUUCGACGAUUCUCUGGGAAAUUUCGUGAUCCAAAACGAAAGGCUCAACGAUUAUUUUGGGAGAAAUUUGUGGAAAUUGAAGGAAAAGAUGCAAUUUUACAUGGCCCAUCAUUUGAAGUGGGAAAAGUCCUGUUUUAUGAAAAAAUCUAUGAAAAAACCUUUGAAGAUCCUCCGCCGAACGUCUUCUGAAGAUGGAGGAGACGUUGGCCUUGGAAGACUUGGAGAAUUUCAGAAUCGAGGUCAUGAAUUUCCUCGGAAAUUCUGAAGGAGAGGCGACGAUCCUCUGCAAAUGGGUACUGUGAAUUUAUUUGAUUUCGAAAAGUUUUCAUAUUUUCAGGGUAAACUCCCGGUUUACUUAGAAAAGGACAAAAAAAUCGAAGAAUUCAUGCGAUCUGAUGAAAACUGUUAGUUUCUUGGGAAAUUGGAGGCCUUAUUUGAAUUUUCAAACUUCUGGAUAUUUAUAGAAUAAUCAAUUUUUUUAUAUUUUCCAGUGUACUCUAUGAAGGAUUUGAUGACUCACCAUGGAAUUUUGAGAAAAGAACCGAUUAUUUUCGAAAAAGAGAUCCUCGAGGCUCUUUUCAUGUUCACCCAGCGAGUCAUCCUCCAAUUGUUGAGGUGGAGUCCUGAAAAAAUUCAAAUAAAUCUCUAAAUUGUUCAGAACCGCUUUGAAUAUCCAAUUUUCGGCCGAUGGAUCCCCUACAAUAAUUUAUAACGGAAAUGUCGAGAUCGAGCAGCCGAUUUUGGGCGAUUUCGAGGUUUCUCUUCGAUUUGCCAUUCUAUUAAAAUGCAAUUUUCAGUUAUUUUUGAAACGCGACGACAUUAAGUACAAAAUGAUUCUUCGUGAAGAUGAUGAUCCGAAUAUUUGGCACCUUGUGGGAUUUUCUAACCGAUUUUAUUGAUUUUUGUCAUUUGAAGGUUCGCGACUUCAAAUCGCCCGACGAAAUGCUCCGCGCCGUUUUUCAUCAUAACGUUUAUGACGAGAUCGUGGCCGAUAUCAAUCUCCAUUUCAAAUUGUUCCAAGCUCUUUGGACUUUGAAAAAUCGGAUGAAUGAGUUCCAAGGGAACCGAUUGACGUGAGAUUAUUGAUCGAUUUUUUUGCUCAUUUUUUGUGAUUUUUACUGUCUCUAUAUAAGUCUUUUCGUGUAUUUUUUUGGACCGAGAACUUCAAAAAGGUCUUGGAACUACAACUCUUUUUUUAUUUUACUCCAUUUCUGUAUUUUUUUAUGGGUAAGUUAUCAGCCCUGAAUAGAAAAAAAAAGCGACAAAAUGUAAAAUUUCUUUUCUCGAUUUUUUUUUCUCGUUUUUUCCAGUUUUUCAUAACUUUUCUGUAUGGUAUUCACAGGCUUCAAAACCCGAAAAAAAUCCUGUAAAUCUCCUUUUCAAACAUUUUUCUACAACACCACUCUUUUCCGUUCAGGACCUUGCUUUUCACGAUUUUUGGCCGGAACGAAAGGAAUAUCAACGAACAAUUCCUACCAAAAGUUUACAAAGAAAUUGCCGAUUUUCUCGUUGGUGGAGAUCCAGAAUCUGUCUGUAUGAUGCCGUAUUGGGUCGGUUGCAAAAAUUGAUGAUAAAUAAAUAAUUAAAAAUUUCCAGUUCAAGUCCGAAAAAAAUCUCAUUGGUAUUCCCGUCGAUAAAACCGUUCUGAGGAUCGCCCGCCGAAGUAUGGCUCAAUAGUUCAUUUAUUGAGAGCUCGGGAGGAUUUUUAAAGGCGCAGGGCGGAGAUAAAAAUAUCCGGGAGGAUUCUUUAAGGCGCAGGGCGGGGCUAAAAGUCCCCAAGAAUAUUUUUUAGCAGUUCCCUGCGCCUCUAAAGAAAAUUUAGAUGAAAAAAUAUUUAUAAAUUCGUUCCAGAUUCCCAUAUGUGUUUUGAGCUCUGCGCCUUUAAAAUCGUACAAAACCUCACUUCAUUAUCUCAUUUCAGAGGAGAUCCACAGCGCUUUCGAGUCGCUGAAGGUACCGGAAGAGUUGCACGAGAAAAUCAUUUCGUCUCUCUAUUGGUUCGCCCAGAGGAUCACUUUGCAGUUUUUGAGGUCCUUUUUUUCUUCGUAUUCCAUCCAUGUCUCGAAAUCGAAGUCCACUUGCAAAAUUUCAGAUUCACCCUGAGUAUCCGCCGCUCGAGAUGCUUGAAUCCAAAAGUGACCGCCGUACACUACGUGGAAAGUAUUGAGCCGGCGCCGAAAGUCAAGAAAGACGAGGAGAGAAAAAGGAAAAGAGUGGACGAUGAAUCGGAUCAGAGCCCAUCGAAAUUUCGAUGCUUUUCCAUUGUGAAGGCCCUUGAAAGCUGCAAACGCCAGGCUCAUGAAAAGGUUUCGAAUUGAUAACUCUAACAAAAGUUGCGGUGCACCGCGUUUAGCUUUAAAUUCCUAUUAAAGCACUUAUUUCGUAAAAGAUUUCGAAAAGGUUCAUUUCCCAAUAUCACCAUUUUCUACAGUAUCAUCUUUGGCUUUUACGGUAGCUCAAAAAGAACUUUUUAUUUUCAACCGGCUGCCCCAGGGGUCCACGCCAUCUAGGUCUAAAGGGGGGUCUAAAAAUGUCAACGAAAAUUUCACCUUUUCCGGAGUUUUGCCCUGAUUUUUGUUGACGAAGUUGGAUGGAAGAACGUCAGAAAACCAAUUUCUCAAGGCUUACAGUGAUGCAAGUAUCUUAGAACUUCAGAAUUGCCCUAAGGAGGCCUAAAAAUGUAAGUUUCCGAGUCCGAACGGCGGUAGUUCGUUUAAAAAUCCUUUUUUAAGAUUUUUUAAGAAACAUACACAAAUUUCAUACUACUCCUGAAGCGAAGACCCUUUUUCAGUGUUACUCUGGUUUUCAGAAUACUUUUAAGCCUUUUAAAAACCCCAGAAAGGCUUUCUAAACAGACCUAUGAGCAAAAAAAAAAUCAACUCUCUAUCAAUUUGACCCGCCUAGAUCUUCUCAUUAACAAAGGAAACAUUGAAAAAAACUUCAUCUGGGAUAAUUUUUGAAAUCAAUUUUUUAGAAUCUUCCAAACGCGACUCCUAUGGAAACGGAUGUCCAAGAGGUUUUUCUUUCCAAUAAAGAAUACCCUUUAAAAAAAUUUUUUUCCAGAAGCGCUCUCAAAUCGAAGAAGCCGUUAUGAAAAAAAGUGAAAACUGAAGAAAAAUUUUAUUCUCGAAAAAAUCAUAUUUCAGAAUUCCAAUCUGUCUGCUAGACUCUCGUUCAAAAAAAUGAUGCUUCUGAAGAGGUCAAUCUUUUUUUUUUGGAUUAUAGUCUAAAAUUAUUUUUAGGAACGCCGAAAAUCAUUGGAACCGGAGGUGGAAAGGCUUUUGAUUAGGAAACCUUCAAAAAUUGAUUUUUCUUCAGAGAUCUCCUGUAAUCGAUCCGUCGCUGCAACCCUGCACUCGGGCUGAUAUCAUCGAGUUGAGGUUUAAAAUAACUUUUUUUCGGUGUAAUGAAUCAAUUUUGAUCAUAGGAACUACAUCAAGAUGAUGGAGCAGAGAAGAAAUGAGACAGACAGGAGGGAACGAGAGCAGAUGUUGAGAAUCCUCAACUUACUGCUUCCAAAAAUGUUAGCGAAGACAUUAUCAUUUCAGCGAAAAUUCCAUUUUCAGAGUACAAAUUUGCCAUAGUGUACAAGAAACUCAAAAAAAAACCAUAUACAUAAACUGUCAUUUCAUCCAAAAUUCCGCUUACAGUGAAAAAAAAGAGCUGUUAAAUAUCAUGAAUUGAACUAGAUGUGAAAAAAAUGAAGCUUCAUUUUUUUGGCGUACGAAAAUUAGAAGAAAUCACGGGUUUUUGAUUUUUUUCUGACGCAAAAAAACUUGUAUUUUUUUCCUUUUUAUCUGACUUUCUACAAGAGAUUGAAAAAAAUUCAUAAUACUAUAUGAUUCUCAAAAAGAUAAAAAAAUAAUUGAGAUACUUAAUCAAAUAAAUUCUGCUCAAAAAUCUUUGCUUGAGUGUUCAAAGGAGCAUGCAGACUUGAUCAAAGGUCUCGAGAGGAAGAGCCGUUCCUAUUUCCAUUUUAGUUCGUGCGAGGUCUUUGAACACCUCAGAAAAUAUUUUCGGCAAAUUUACGAAGCUGACUGACAAGGGAGGUCGCUUUACUUUGCGGUUGGGAUUUUCCCGAAAAUUGGCCAGAACGCUCCUUGACGAUUCUGAGAGUUUCGACCUGAACAAGUUUCUCGUUUUUGAAAAGUCAAAGAAAAUCCCUCAGAAUCCAUUGAAAAUCGCUAUUUUGGGGCAUUAGGCCCUUUUUUCUCGUAAAGUAGACUUUUAGGUUCCUCAUAUGGUACAAAAAAUUGUUCUGGCCGAUUUCCCAAUUCCCAAUGACCAGUGAGCACAGAAAUGCCCCACAAGCUGAAAUUAGUCACAAAUUUAUCAAAAAUUCCACAAAAAACCCUUCCACCACAACUAAUCGAUAACUACUUUGACCAGGGAAACCUUGGAUAAAAGUCUUCACAAAACGCUGAGCGACGAGAUGGCGGUCCAUCAGGGGCGUUGUGAGGUGAUGGUAGGAUGCAAGGACAAAUAUCUGGCCGAAAUGGACGAGGCGAGGGCUCAAGUCAAAGAAAGGGACGAGAUCAUCCACCAAAUGACGACCGAUCUGCUAACCUUCCAAAGAACUCUUCAAGAAGCUGUCGAAGAGCUCAAGGAAGCUAAGAAGGAUUUCGAGAAGUCGAAGAAGAAGAAGGAGAAGAAGGUUGGAGUUGCUAGGGGGAAAAACAUGAAAAUCAUGGGUUUUUUUCAAGGCCAAGCGCCAAGAGGGCAAUCCUGAAACUCAGCAUCAAGAGGAAGUUGCCGACGUUAAGCCCGAUCGGGUGAGCUUUUCAAGCAGUCUAUGGAAUCAUAAUUCAGAAAGUUUCAGAACUUGAUCCCGCUCAAUGGAAACGCUUUUUGA